AGCUUUGACAGCAUCGCUGCAUUUUGAAUGUCUUCCUGCUCCUGGUCAAAGGUUUCUCUCCAGUGAUUGCAAUGCUACUGUAAGCCUGGUUAAAGGUGCCUGAGGAUAACACCUUAUACAAGGAAGCCCUGCGUGCUUGAGAAGAGCUUUUUCAAUGCAUUAUGGCUCAUGCAGCCUCACAAUUAAAGAAAAACAGGGAUUUAGAAAUCAAUGCUGAAGAGGAGACUGAGAAGAAAAGGAAACACCGCAAACGGUCCCGGGAUCGGAAGAAAAAGUCUGAUGCCAAUGCAAGUUAUUUAAGAGCAGCUCGAGCUGGACACCUCGAAAAGGCCCUUGACUACAUAAAAAAUGGGGUUGACAUCAACAUUUGCAACCAGAAUGGGUUGAACGCUCUCCAUCUUGCUUCUAAAGAAGGCCAUGUAGAAGUUGUUUCUGAAUUGCUACAGAGAGAAGCCAAUGUGGAUGCAGCUACAAAGAAAGGGAACACAGCCUUACAUAUAGCAUCUUUGGCUGGGCAAGCAGAAGUGGUAAAAGUCUUGGUCACAAAUGGAGCCAAUGUCAAUGCACAAUCUCAGAAUGGCUUCACGCCAUUGUAUAUGGCAGCCCAGGAAAACCACCUGGAAGUUGUCAAGUUUCUUCUUGACAACGGUGCAAGCCAGAGCCUCGCCACAGAGGAUGGCUUCACACCGUUGGCAGUAGCUUUGCAACAAGGUCAUGAUCAAGUAGUUUCCCUCCUGCUAGAAAAUGACACUAAAGGAAAAGUGCGUCUUCCAGCUCUUCACAUUGCUGCCCGGAAAGACGACACGAAAGCCGCUGCCCUGCUGCUGCAGAAUGACAACAAUGCAGACGUGGAGUCAAAGAGUGGCUUCACUCCGCUCCACAUAGCUGCUCACUAUGGGAAUAUCAAUGUAGCCACGUUGCUGUUAAACCGAGCGGCUGCUGUGGACUUCACGGCAAGGAAUGACAUCACGCCUUUACAUGUUGCGUCAAAAAGAGGAAAUGCCAAUAUGGUAAAACUCUUGCUUGAUCGAGGAGCUAAAAUUGAUGCCAAAACAAGGGACGGUCUGACACCCCUGCACUGUGGAGCAAGGAGUGGCCAUGAGCAAGUGGUGGAAAUGCUGCUUGAUCGAGCUGCCCCCAUUCUUUCAAAAACCAAGAAUGGAUUGUCUCCAUUGCACAUGGCCACACAAGGGGAUCACUUAAACUGUGUCCAGCUUCUCCUCCAGCAUAACGUGCCCGUGGAUGAUGUCACCAAUGACUACCUGACUGCCCUGCAUGUGGCUGCCCACUGUGGCCAUUACAAAGUCGCCAAGGUUCUCUUGGACAAGAAAGCUAAUCCCAAUGCCAAAGCCCUGAAUGGCUUUACCCCUCUCCAUAUUGCCUGCAAGAAGAAUCGGAUUAAAGUCAUGGAACUCCUUCUGAAACAUGGUGCAUCCAUCCAAGCUGUAACCGAGUCGGGCCUUACCCCAAUCCACGUUGCUGCCUUCAUGGGGCAUGUAAAUAUCGUAUCACAACUAAUGCAUCAUGGAGCCUCACCAAACACCACCAAUGUGAGAGGAGAAACAGCACUGCACAUGGCAGCUCGAUCUGGCCAAGCUGAAGUCGUGAGGUAUCUGGUGCAAGAUGGCGCUCAGGUAGAAGCUAAAGCCAAGGAUGACCAAACCCCACUUCACAUUUCUGCCCGAUUGGGGAAGGCAGAUAUAGUACAACAGCUGUUGCAGCAAGGAGCAUCUCCAAAUGCAGCCACGACUUCCGGGUACACCCCACUCCACCUAUCGGCCCGUGAGGGGCAUGAAGACGUAGCUGCAUUCCUUUUGGAUCAUGGCGCAUCUUUAUCUAUAACAACAAAGAAAGGAUUUACUCCUCUCCAUGUGGCCGCAAAAUAUGGGAAGCUAGAAGUAGCCAAUCUCCUGCUACAGAAAAGUGCAUCUCCAGAUGCUGCAGGGAAGAGCGGGCUCACUCCACUGCACGUAGCUGCACAUUAUGAUAAUCAGAAAGUGGCCCUCCUGCUUUUGGACCAAGGAGCCUCACCUCACGCGGCUGCAAAGAAUGGUUAUACGCCACUGCACAUCGCUGCCAAAAAGAACCAGAUGGACAUAGCGACAACUCUGCUGGAAUAUGGUGCUGAUGCAAAUGCAGUUACCCGGCAAGGAAUUGCUUCUGUCCAUCUUGCAGCUCAGGAAGGACAUGUGGACAUGGUGUCACUGCUCCUCAGCAGAAAUGCUAAUGUGAACCUGAGCAAUAAGAGUGGCCUGACCCCUCUCCACCUGGCUGCUCAAGAAGACAGAGUGAAUGUGGCUGAAGUCCUCGUAAACCAAGGGGCAAAUGUGGAUGCCCAGACAAAGAUGGGAUACACACCUCUCCAUGUGGGCUGCCACUAUGGAAACAUCAAGAUUGUUAAUUUCCUGCUCCAGCAUUCUGCAAAAGUUAAUGCCAAGACAAAGAAUGGGUAUACACCGUUACAUCAAGCAGCUCAGCAGGGACACACGCAUAUAAUAAAUGUCUUGCUUCAGAACAACGCUUCCCCCAAUGAACUCACUGUGAAUGGGAACACUGCCCUCGCCAUUGCCCGGAGGCUUGGCUACAUCUCAGUGGUCGACACCCUGAAAGUAGUGACUGAGGAAACCAUGACCACGACUACUAUCAUAGAGAAGCACAAAAUGAAUGUUCCAGAAACGAUGAAUGAAGUCCUUGAUAUGUCUGAUGAUGAAGUUCGUAAAGCCAACGCCCCUGAAAUGCUCAGUGAUGGCGAAUAUAUCUCAGAUGUUGAAGAAGGGGAGGACGCCAUGACAGGUGACACGGACAAAUACCUGGGGCCCCAGGACCUUAAGGAGCUGGGCGAUGAUUCUCUCCCUGCAGAGGGCUACAUGGGCUUUAGUCUUGGGGCUCGUUCCGCCAGCCUCCGCUCCUUCAGUUCGGAUAGGUCGUACACCUUGAACAGAAGCUCCUAUGCGCGGGACAGCAUGAUGAUUGAAGAACUCCUUGUACCAUCCAAAGAGCAGCAUCUAACAUUUACAAGAGAAUUUGAUUCAGAUUCUCUUAGACAUUAUAGCUGGGCUGCAGAUACCUUGGACAAUGUCAAUCUUGUCUCAAGUCCUGUUCAUUCUGGGUUUCUGGUCAGCUUUAUGGUGGAUGCAAGAGGAGGCUCCAUGAGAGGGAGCCGUCACCACGGGAUGAGAAUCAUCAUCCCCCCACGCAAGUGUACGGCCCCCACCCGAAUCACCUGCCGUUUGGUAAAGAGACAUAAACUGGCCAACCCACCCCCCAUGGUGGAAGGAGAGGGAUUAGCCAGUAGGCUGGUAGAAAUGGGUCCUGCAGGGGCACAAUUUUUAGGCCCUGUCAUAGUGGAAAUCCCUCACUUUGGGUCCAUGAGAGGAAAAGAGAGAGAACUCAUUGUUCUUCGAAGUGAAAAUGGAGAAACAUGGAAGGAGCAUCAGUUUGACAGCAAAAAUGAAGAUUUAACCGAAUUACUCAAUGGCAUGGAUGAAGAACUUGACAGCCCAGAGGAGCUGGGGAAAAAGCGUAUCUGCAGGAUCAUCACAAAGGACUUCCCCCAGUAUUUCGCUGUGGUUUCACGGAUCAAGCAAGAAAGCAACCAGAUUGGCCCUGAAGGCGGGAUCCUCAGCAGCACCACUGUGCCCCUUGUCCAGGCUUCAUUCCCAGAGGGUGCUUUAACCAAAAGAAUCCGCGUGGGCCUCCAGGCCCAGCCUGUUCCAGAUGAAAUUGUGAAAAAGAUCCUUGGAAACAAAGCAACAUUUAGCCCAAUCGUCACUGUGGAACCAAGAAGAAGGAAAUUCCAUAAACCUAUCACAAUGACCAUCCCGGUGCCCCCACCCUCAGGAGAAGGCGUGUCCAAUGGGUACAAGGGGGACACCACACCCAGUCUGCGCCUGCUCUGUAGCAUCACAGGAGGCACCUCGCCUGCUCAGUGGGAAGAUAUCACAGGAACUACACCUCUGACAUUUAUAAAGGAUUGUGUCUCUUUUACAACCAAUGUUUCAGCCAGAUUUUGGCUUGCAGACUGCCAUCAAGUUUUAGAAACUGUGGGGUUAGCCUCACAGCUGUACAGAGAACUAAUAUGUGUUCCAUAUAUGGCCAAGUUCGUUGUUUUUGCCAAAAUGAAUGAUCCUGUAGAAUCCUCCCUGCGCUGUUUCUGCAUGACAGAUGACAAAGUAGACAAAACUUUAGAGCAGCAAGAAAAUUUUGAGGAGGUUGCAAGAAGCAAAGAUAUUGAGGUUCUGGAAGGAAAACCUAUUUAUGUUGACUGUUAUGGAAAUCUGGCCCCACUCACUAAAGGGGGACAGCAGCUGGUUUUUAACUUUUACGCUUUCAAAGAAAAUAGACUGCCAUUUUCCAUCAAGAUUAGAGACACCAGCCAAGAGCCCUGUGGUCGUCUGUCUUUUCUGAAAGAACCAAAGACAACAAAAGGACUCCCUCAAACAGCUGUUUGCAACUUAAAUAUCACUCUGCCGGCACAUAAAAAGGCCGAGAAAGCAGAUAGACGACAGAGCUUUGCAUCUUUAGCGUUACGUAAGCGCUACAGCUACUUGACUGAGCCUGGAAUGAUUGAACGGAGUACAGGAGCAACAAGAUCCCUCCCCACCACUUACUCAUACAAGCCAUUCUUUUCUACAAGACCAUACCAGUCCUGGACAACAGCUCCGAUCACAGUGCCUGGGCCAGCCAAGUCAGGCUUCACUUCCUUAUCAAGCUCUUCCUCUAAUACGCCAUCAGCUUCUCCGUUAAAAUCAAUAUGGUCUGUUUCGACUCCUUCUCCAAUCAAGUCCACAUUAGGCGCAUCAACUACGUCUUCAGUUAAAUCCAUUAGUGAUGUGGCAUCUCCAAUUAGAUCCUUUCGGACAAUUUCUUCACCGAUAAAAACAGUGGUGUCACAAUCUCCAUACAAUAUCCAAGUUUCCUCUGGUACCCUGGUUAGAGCUCCCACAGUCCCAGAGGCCUCGCCUUUAAAAGGGCUGGCAUCCAAUUCUACGUUUUCCUCCCGAACCUCUCCAGUGACUACAGCGGGGUCUCUUUUGGAGAGGUCAUCAAUUACUAUGACCCCCCCUGCGUCCCCCAAAUCAAACAUUAAUAUGUAUUCCUCAAGUUUGCCAUUUAAGUCAAUUAUUACAUCAGCAGCUCCGCUAAUAUCUUCGCCUCUAAAGUCAGUGGUGUCUCCAGUGAAAUCAGCAGUUGAUGUCAUUUCAUCGGCUAAAGUUACAAUGGCCUCUUCUCUCUCAUCACCUGUGAAACAGAUGCCUGGACAUGCAGAGGUAGCAUUAGUCAACGGAUCUAUUUCCCCCCUGAAAUAUCCGUCAUCUUCAACUUUAAUUAACGGAUGCAAAGCCACUGCCACGUUACAGGAAAAAAUUUCUACGGCUACAAACUCUGUGAGCACUGUGGUCAAUGCAGCCACUGACACAGUUGAGAAAGUGUUUUCUACCACAACAGCAAUGCCAUUUUCCCCACUCAGGUCAUACGUUUCUUCGGCACCAUCUGCUUUUCAGUCCCUAAGAACUCCUUCCGCAAGUGCACUCUAUACAUCCCUUGGGUCAUCAAUAUCUGCAACUACCUCAUCUGUAACUUCAUCUAUAAUAACAGUGCCAGUAUACUCUGUAGUCAAUGUUUUGCCAGAACCAGCAUUAAAGAAACUUCCAGACUCUAGUUCACUUACAAAAUCAGCAGCAGCCUUGCUGUCACCCAUUAAAACAUUGACUACGGAGACACGUCCUCAGCCCCAUUUCAAUCGAACUUCAUCUCCAGUUAAGUCGUCUUUGUUCCUUGCACCCUCUGCCCUUAAGUUGUCUACACCAUCUUCUUUAUCUUCCAGUCAGGAGAUAUUAAAAGACGUGGCUGAAAUGAAAGAAGACCUCAUGCGGAUGACUGCAAUACUACAAACAGACGUGCCUGAGGAGAAGCCAUUCCAACCCGAACUCCCGAAAGAAGGGAGAAUCGACGAUGAAGAACCUUUCAAAAUUGUUGAGAAAGUAAAGGAAGACUUGGUGAAAGUGAGUGAAAUCCUUAAAAAAGAUGUGUGUUUAGAUAAUAAAGGACCACCCAAAUCACCAAAGAGUGACAAAGGACUCUCUCCCGAAGACGACUGGAUAGAAUUUAGUUCAGAAGAAAUAAGAGAAGCCAGACAACAAGCUGCCGCGAGCCAUUCCCCAUCUCUGCCAGAGAGAGUGCAAGUGAAAGCAAAAGCCGCCUCUGAGAAGGAUUAUAACUUGACCAAAGUUAUUGAUUACUUAACAAAUGAUAUUGGGAGUAGUUCGUUGACAAAUUUAAAGUACAAGUUUGAGGAUGCAAAGAAGGAUGGUGAAGAGAGACAGAAAAGGAUUUUGAAGCCAGCAAUUGCUUUGCAGGAACACAAACUCAAAAUGCCUCCAGCCUCCAUGAGGCCCUCCACCUCUGAGAAAGAGUUGUGUAAAAUGGCGGAUUCCUUUUUUGGAACAGAUACUAUUUUAGAGUCUCCGGAUGACUUUUCUCAACAUGACCAAGACAAAAGCCCUUUGUCUGACAGUGGCUUUGAAACAAGAAGUGAAAAAACGCCUUCAGCACCACAGAGCGCUGAAAGCACUGGCCCUAAGCCACUUUUUCACGAAGUCCCCAUCCCUCCUGUCAUUACCGAAACAAGAACUGAAGUGGUGCACGUUAUCAGGAGCUAUGAGCCCUCGGCUGGAGAUGCUCCCCCAUGCCAACCAGAGGAGCCGGUGUCACCCAAACCUUCACCUACUUUUACGGAACUGGAGCCAAAGCCCACCACCUCUAGUAUUAAGGAAAAAGUGAAAGCAUUUCAAAUGAAAGCCAAUGGUGAAGAAGAGGACCACAGUCGGGUUCUGAGCAAAGGCAUGCGUGUUAAGGAAGAGACUCACAUAACCACGACCACCAGAAUGGUCUAUCAUUCUCCACCAGGCAGUGAAGGGGCCUCUGAAAGAAUUGAAGAAACCAUGUCAGUCCAUGACAUAAUGAAGGCCUUUCAGUCCGGGCGGGACCCUUCCAAAGAACUGGCAGGUCUGUUUGAGCAUAAGUCGGCAGUGCCUCCAGAUGUUCACAAGUCUGCUGCUGAAACCCCAGCCCAGCAUGCAGAGAAGGACAACCAAAUGAAACCCAAACUGGAGCGUAUAAUAGAAGUCCACAUCGAAAAAGGUAACCAAGCUGAGCCCACUGAAGUCAUUAUUAGAGAAACCAAAAAGCAUCCAGAAAAGGAAAUGUAUGUAUAUCAGAAAGACUUAUCCCGGGGAGAUAUUAACCUAAAAGAUUUUCUGCCAGAAAAACACGAUGCUUUUCCUUGUUCAGAGGAACAGGGUCAGCAAGAAGAAGAAGAACUCACUGCCGAAGAGUCAUUGCCUUCUUAUCUGGAGUCUUCCAGAGUAAACACUCCUGUGUCCCAAGAAGAAGAUAGUCGCCCUAGUUCUGCUCAACUCAUAUCUGAUGACUCUUAUAAAACAUUGAAGCUUUUGAGUCAACACUCAAUAGAAUACCAUGACGAUGAGUUGUCAGAACUAAGAGGGGAGUCUUACAGGUUUGCUGAGAAAAUGCUUCUGUCAGAAAAGCUAGAUGUGUCUCAUUCUGAUACCGAGGAAUCGGUUACAGACCAUGCAGGACCCCCUAGCUCAGAGUUACAGGGGUCUGAUAAGCGGUCCAGAGAAAAAGUAGUCACUGCCCCCAAAAAAGAAAUUCUCUCCAAAAUCUAUAAAGAUGUGUCUGAAAAUGGUGUAGGUAAAGUGUCUAAAGAUGAGCAUUUUGAUAAAGUGACAGUGUUGCACUAUUCUGGCGAUGUUAGUAGUCCAAAACAUGCCAUGUGGAUGCGCUUUACUGAGGACAGAUUAGACAGAGGUAGAGAGAAGUUGAUAUAUGAAGAUAGGGUGGACAGGACUGUGAAGGAAGCUGAAGAAAAACUGACUGAAGUGUCACAGUUUUUUCGUGACAAAACCGAAAAGCUAAACGAUGAACUGCAGUCCCCAGAGAAAAAGCCACGCCCUAGAAAUGGUAAAGAAUACUCUUCUCAAAGCUCUACCAGUAGCAGCCCCGAAAAGGUACUGCUGACAGAACUGUUGGCAUCCAGUGAUGAGUGGGUUAAGGCAAGGCAGCAUGGCCAUGACGGACAAGGCUUCCCCAAAGCCGAUGAGAGGAAAGAAUCCAGUCUGCCGAGCAGCUCAGAGAAGAAGGUUCUCUCCCAACAGCCUGAGGACAGCAAGUCCAUGGAGGAAGCCAAAGAAAGCAUUUCGCAGAGCAAAGCACCAGAAGGGCCCCAAUCUGGCUUUCAGCUCAAACAAUCCAAACUCAGUUCCAUUAGAUUAAAAUUUGAACAAGGUGCACAGGCAAAGAGUAAGGACGUAUCUCAAGAAGACAAAAAGCCAGAGGGCCAAUCCAGAAUCCCAGUCAAAAAAAUCCAGGAGAGCAAGCUGCCUGUGUACCAAGUUUUUGCCAGAGAAAAGCAGCAGAAGGCAGUAGACCUCCCAGAUGAAAGUGCGUCUGUGCAAAAUGAUUUUAUGGUCCUGAGGGCUAAAGAGGAGCACGUCCAAAGCAAUGAAAUUGUCGUAAAUGAUUCUGGCUCUGAGGAUGUGAAGACACAGAGAACUGAAAUGUCAAGUAAAGCAAUGCCUGACUAUUUUUCUGAGCAACAGGCUAAAGACUUGGCAUGUCAUGUAACCUCAGAUUUAGCCACUAAGGGACCAUGGGACAAAAAGGUCUUUAGAACAUGGGAAAGUUCUGGAGCCGCUAACAAUAAGUUGCAGAAAGAAAAACUUUCACAUGUACUUGUUCAUGAUGUAAGAGAGAAUCACAUUGGUCACCCUGAGAGUAAGAUUGUUGAUCAAAGGAGUGAAUUUAUGUCUGUGACUGAGAGAGAACACAAGUUGUUAACAAAUGGCUCUCUCUCAGAAAUUAAGGAAAUGACUGUAAAAUCUCCCUCCAAAAAGGUCUUAUAUAGGGAAUAUGUUGUGAAAGAAGGGGAACGGCCGGGUGGAUCUCUGGAACAACCUUCCAGGAGGGGUGAGAGCUCACCGGCAUCACACAUCCCGGUCAGAGCUGCAGAGGGACGCAGAAUGCUAUCUUCUGAUAUUCCUGAUGGUUUUUGUGAGCAGCCGACAUUUCCCCAACAUGAACUAUCACCAAAGUUGCCCCAAUCAAGUAUGAGUAAAGAGACAGUUGAGAUGCAGCACUUUAAUUCUAUAGAAGAUGAAAAAGUUACCUAUUCAGAAAUCAGCAAAGUUUCCAAACGACAGAGUUAUGUAGGCUUAUGCCCUCCUCUCGAUGAAACUGAAACCUCUCCCACCAAAUCUCCUGAUUCCUUAGAGUUUAGCCCAGGAAAGGAAUCUCCCUCUAGCGAUGUGUUCGACCACAGUCCCCUUGAUGGAUUGGAAAGAGUUGCUCCACUAGCCCAGACAGAGGGAGGGAAAGACAUAAAAACUUUACCUGUUUAUGUCAGUUUUGUACAGGUGGGGAAGCAAUAUGAAAAGGAGAUACAGCAAGGAAGUGUAAAAAAGAUCAUAAGUCAGGAGUGUAAGACAGUACAAGAGACCAGGGGGACCUUUUAUACAACUAGACAGCAGAAGCAGCCUCCUUCUCCCCAAGGUAGUCCAGAAGACGACACUCUUGAGCAAGUUUCCUUUCUAGACAGCUCUGGGAAAAGCCCUUUAACCCCAGAAACACCCAGUUCAGAGGAAGUGAGUUAUGAAUUCACCUCUAAGACACCAGACUCGCUCAUAGCUUAUAUACCAGGCAAACCCAGCCCAAUUCCUGAGGUUUCUGAGGAAUCUGAGGAGGAGGAGCAGGCCAAGUCAUCCUCCUUAAAGCAGACUACGGUGGAGGAAGCAACUUUGGAGCGUGAAAUGCCUACUGAUGUGAGCAAAGACUCUAACCAAAGACCCAAAACCAAUAGAGUUGCCUAUAUUGAGUUCCCCCCUCCUCCACCACUGGAUGCAGACCAGAUGGAACCCGAUAAAAAGCAUCAUUAUCUCCCUGAAAGAGAGGUUGACAUGAUUGAAGUCAGUCUGCAAGAUGAACAUGACAAGUACCAGCUGGCCGAACCGGUCAUCAGAGUGCAGCCGCCUUCUCCAGUUCCUCCUGGGGCAGACAUCAGUGAUUCGAGCGAUGACGAAUCCAUCUAUCAGCCAGUCCCAGUUAAAAAAUACACCUUCAAAUUAAAGGAAGUAGACGAUGAACAAAAAGAAAUGACCACAUCCAAAACUCCUGCUGACAAGGCUUCCAACCAGAAAGAAUUGGAAACUAAUGGAUCUGGAAAAGAUACUGAAUUUGGCCUUGGCUUCGACUCACCUCAGAAUGAAACUGCACAGAAUGGGAACAAUGACCAGUCCAUCACAGAGUGUUCCAUUGCUACCACGGCCGAGUUUUCUCAUGACACAGAUGCCACAGAGAUUGACUCUCUGGAUGGCUACGACCUGCAAGAUGAAGAUGAUGGCCUGACAGAGAGUGAUUCUAAACUCCCAUGUCAAACCAUGGAAAUUAAGAAAGAUGUCUGGAACACAGAGGGCAUUCUGAAGCCAGCUGAUCGCUCCUUUAGCCAAAGUAAACUUGAAGUUAUCGAGGAGGAGGAGGGAAGGGUGGGACCAGACGAAGAUAAGCCACCUUCUAAAAGUUCCUCAUCUGAAAAGACCCCUGAUAAGACUGACCAGAAAUCAGGGGCCCAGUUUUUCACUCUAGAAGGCAGACAUCCUGACAGAUCAGUGUUUCCUGAUACUUACUUCAGUUACAAAGUAGAUGAAGAAUUUGCCACUCCUUUUAAAACAGUAGCUACCAAAGGUCUAGAUUUUGAUCCCUGGUCUAAUAACCGAGGGGAUGAUGAAGUUUUUGACAGUAAAUCACGGGAAGAUGAAACUAAGCCAUUUGGUCUGGCUGUGGAAGACCGCUCGCCAGCAACAACCCCUGAUACAACGCCAGCCAGAACGCCAACUGAUGAAAGUACCCCAACUAGUGAGCCUAACCCCUUCCCAUUUCAUGAAGGGAAAAUGUUUGAGAUGACUCGCAGUGGUGCAAUUGACAUGAGCAAGAGGGAUUUUGUUGAAGAGAGGCUCCAAUUUUUCCAGAUUGGUCCACAGAGUCCAUGUGAACGGACAGAUAUCAGGAUGGCAAUAGUAGCCGAUCACCUGGGACUUAGUUGGACAGAACUGGCAAGGGAACUGAAUUUUUCAGUGGAUGAAAUCAAUCAAAUACGUGUGGAAAAUCCAAAUUCUUUAAUUUCUCAAAGCUUCAUGUUAUUAAAAAAAUGGGUUACCAGAGACGGAAAAAAUGCUACAACUGAUGCCUUAACUUCAGUCUUGACAAAAAUUAAUCGAAUAGAUAUAGUGACUCUGCUAGAAGGACCGAUAUUUGAUUAUGGAAAUAUUUCAGGCACCAGGAGUUUUGCAGAUGAGAACAAUGUUUUCCAUGACCCUGUUGAUGGUUAUCCUUCCCUUCAAGUGGAACUGGAAACUCCCACAGGGUUGCACUACACACCACCCACCCCUUUCCAGCAAGAUGAUUAUUUUAGUGAUAUCUCUAGCAUAGAGUCUCCCCUUAGAACCCCCAGUAGACUGAGUGAUGGGCUAGUGCCUUCCCAGGGGAACAUAGAGCAUUCAGCAGAUGGACCUCCAGUCGUAACUGCAGAAGACACUUCAUUAGAAGACAGCAAACUCGAAGACUCAAUACCUUUAACAGAAAUGCCUGAUGCAGUGGAUGUAGAUGAGAGCCAGUUGGCGAAUGUAUGUCUGAGUGAGUAUCCUCAAUACCUCGGAAGUAUGGCUGGGGUCCCAAAAGAUGUUAAACCAGCAGAGCCACUGAAACAGACUAGUAAAGUAAGAGUAAGCUCUGAGCAGCAAGAGAAAGGAAAAUCUGGUCCUGAUGAGGAGAUGACGGAAGAAAAACUCAGAUCUCUAUUUGAGGACAUUCAACUUGAAGAAGGAGUAGAGUCUGAGGAGAUGACAGAAGAAAAAGUACAGGCUAUUCUUAAACGUGUUCAGCAAGCAGAACUGGAAAUGUCUUCAAUUGCAGGUUGGCAGAACGAGACAUCAGGUGGAAACCUAGAGUCCCCUGCUCAAGCUCGAAGACUAACCGGUGGGUUACUAGAAAGACUGGAUGACAGCCCUGAUCAGUGUCGAGAUUCCAUUACCUCAUAUCUCAAAGGAGAACCUGGAAAAUUUGAAGCAAAUGGGAGCCACACAGAAGUCACUCUCGAAGCAAAGACAAAAUCUUACCUUCCAGAAUCCCAAAAUGAUGUAGGGAAACAGAGCACUAAGGAAACUCUGAAACCAAAAGUCCAUGGAUCUGGUCGUGUUGAGGAACCAGCAUCAUCAUUAGCAGCCUAUCAGAAAGCUCUAGAAGAAACCAGCAAGUUUGUAAUAGAAGAGCCUAAACCCUGUGUGCCUCUCAGUAUGAAAAAGAUGAGUAGGACUUCCCCUGCAGAUGGCAAGCCAAGGCUUAACCUGCAUGAAGAAGAGGGGUCCAGUGGGUCUGAGCAAAAGGUCAAAAGUCCGGGUGCGGCUCUUACACGGAUGACUGUCUGCUGUUACAAGGACUUGAAAGACAGUGAGAGUGAUUCGAGCUCAGAGGAAGAACGGAGAGUCACUACCCGAGUUAUUCGCCGGCGUUUGAUUAUAAAGGGAGAGGAAGCAAAAAGCAUUCCUGGUGAAUCUGUCACAGAAGAACAGUUUACUGAUGAAGAAGGCAACCUCAUCACCAGAAAAAUUACUCGGAAAGUAAUAAGACGAAUUGCUAUCCCACCAGAGAGAAAACAUGAUGACAUGCAGGGAGAAGGUUAUAAGGUGAAGACAGUGAAGAAGGAAAUCCGGCAUGUGGAAAAGAAGAGCCAUUCAUAACAGUAAACGGAUCAUGUGAUUUUACUGCCAGUAUUGAGGAAGUCAUGGAAGAGAUGUCAGCAGGAAGUAAAAAUUCAUGGAGAAGGGUGUGUGUGUUUGCUGCUUCCACACAUUAAUGGCAUGAUUUUUUUUUAAUGCAAAAAGAAAAAAAAGAAAUCUACCCACAUUUUAAUUUAGCAUGAGCCAAUUUACAGAGCAUGGAAAUUCACUUUCAUUCCCAGGAUUGGCGCGUGUGCAAUUAGCAAUGCAGUGUAUAUACAAGAAGCCAUGCUGUUAACAGUUUAUCUUAAGUAAUUUGGUGUCAUUUAAAAAAGGAAGAAAUUCCUGCCGCCAGAAGGGACAGAAGAUGGGAUGAUGAAAUCACAGAGAAACACUAAAAUUACUAACUCCACAACAGCUCGCCUUAUUUUUCUUGGACCCAAACUGUCAGGGUAUAAACACUAUUUGUUUCUUUUUUAAAACAUCUAUAGUUUUGCUGUAAAUAAUAACACUGUAUAAAUUCUAACAGAAAAAUAGAAUAAAUGUUGAUAAGGCACUGCCUCUUAGAACACAAACAGAAUAUUGCAAAUGCAUUUAACAUACUAGGGGUCUCCAGUGACUUCACCCUAGAAGAGGAGGGAGGGGCUCUGGGUGGGGGGAUCUUCACUGAUUCUUGUAUAUUAGCAAUUAUAAUGUUUGUAUAUGCAAAACUGCUAGCUUGAUUUUAAAAAAACAAAAACAAAUCUUUAAAAUCUGCUGCAAAUUUAAAUAAUUCCCAAAAUGAGGAAUUCUGUAGUUCUGUGAAAAAAUUUUUUCUUCAGAAUACUAAUAUUUUGAUGCAUGUGUAUCACCUUAUUUUGAUUAAAUCUUUUCCAAUUUUGCAAACACUACAGUAAACGGCAACACAGAAGAUUUUAUCUGUAAACACAAAGCCCUUCAUCUAAUAUUUGUUGCUAUUGCCAAUUUUUCAAUGAAAUGACCUAAAAAUGAAAAAAAAAUAACCUAUACAGUAGUUGCUUUAGGGGGCGGGGGGUGCUGUUAGUGCUUAAAAGGGGGUAAUGCUUGCCGCUUUAGAGGUGGAUGGUGCUCAUAAGAGGCCCCAGUCGGGGGUAUUUAAAAUGGACUGAACAGAAAUUCUUAGCUCGUAGAAUGGCAGCACGCUGUACAAUUAUUACUGUAUCGUGUACUGGCUAUAAGAUGUAGACACCUUUGAAUAAGCCAAUCAUUUGUAACCAUUCUAGCAGUGUCAUAUUAGGUUAAUAAGGCUGCUGUGUUUUAAAGGGCAUUUUUAUUUAGGUUUUGGUGAAAUCCUUUAAUUUGUUGAUUAUAUUCAUAUAAAAUCAGCAUUCAUUGACACAUAGCUCUAAUGACAUGUAUGAAAAACCAUACACUGGAUGACCUAGUCGAUUAUUUAAGCAUAAAAUAAAUUGUGUUAAACUCUUCACCCA